AUGGAGAGCCCGUCUCCCAAAGUCGCACCUGCUCGGAAGUUCAAGCCAAUAGCGAUUGGAAAAUGCCACGUCCAGACCGCAGCGGAUCGUUUCGGUCCUGGUGCCGAGGGCGCCAUACGAGAUCGCGAGCGGCUGGCUCUGGGUAUACCAUACGAGGGUAAUGAGCCGCCGUUUCUUUGGCCGAGCGGGAGUGGUGACGGCGAGGACGAAGAUGAGCAGGUCGAUGCUGCCAACAGAUCUAUCUACAAAUCAGUCCCGUCCAUUCAGUCGAACCGCAACAACCUGACUGCCCUCUCGCAACUAUACAAUCAGCAGCUUUACUUCGUAGCGUAUCAAGGCUGUAUCUUCGUGUACAGAUUAAGGAGCGGUGCCAAGAACGCUCUCCCCCGGCAUCCCGAUCUGCAGCUCAAGCCUCCCGCGAGCGACGAGGCUCGGGCGGUCGGAGGACUCCUAGACGCACGUACUGGGCACGCCAUCAACCACAUAAUCACAGGGAACCUUGGAAACGAAGAGAUUGUCCUUGCAGCCCAUGAUGAUGGAGAUGUGACUGCUUACAAGACGAAGGACAUCGCAGACUACAUUUUAGGCGCGAAGCAAGUCGCUGUAUUUACAACUCCUAUGAAAGACUCCCAGUCCGCGCCGAAUCAUGGCAAGAGACCCCGCCCAAGACAAUUCUUUCACGAGAAUGUCGGAAAAUCUGCCUGGGGACUGGCCAUCCACCAACAGUCCCGGCUGAUUGCAAUCAGCUCCAACCGUUGGGAGGUGACUGUAUUCGCAUUCGCCCUGUAUGACGACACCUCUGGACGGCCCCCGACACCUGCGUCGAUCGAGCCGCGUGAGAAUGUUGAAGCUUGGGUCCGUCAGCGGCAGCGUACGUGGAGGAUUAUCAUACUGCUGGGCCAGGAAGCAGAUAACUUGCCAAAUGUCUGUUUCCUCGACAAUAGGGAAGGCUAUGCCGAGAAGGUCUGCGCAAUCGAUAUCAAGGGCUCGAUAUGGAUUGCGGACAUUUGGAAGCCGAAACAACCAGCAUCGCACAUCCCCCCGUUUGAUGGGCAGGACAUCAUCAGCGAUGAGUUUUAUCCUUCAGUGUCGAGAGGUUGGGGAGUUCUUGCAUUCAACGAUAGCUGUUACAUGGAGGUGAAGAGUGUGGAGGAACUCAUUGGGUUCCCCGAACAUGAUUGUACUAUCAAGCCAUCCCGGCAAUCGUUGACUCAGCCUCUAGCCAAGAUACAGCCGGUUCUUGAGAACAUUCCUGAGAAUCCUUGCCGGCCAUCUGAUACAGAUAGAUCUGAUGACGAUGUGUAUGACGAGGAUGUAGUCGAGGACGAGGAUGGGGAUGAAGACGAAGGCGAAGACGAAGACGAAGAUGAAGACGAUGAGGACGACCAGGGUGACGAAGAUGAAGAUGAAGAUGAAGAUGAAGAUGAAGAUGAAGACGAGGAUGAGGAUGAGGAUGACGACGAUGGCGAUGACGACUUUGAGCACGGCAAUUCCGGAAUUCUGGGAAGCGAGGCAGUAGCAGCAGGCCCUGGGGGCUCCAUCGAUAUGGCAGAUAUUGUACCUUUUGAGCAGGCGUUCCAGCAGGAGUGGGAGCAACUGCAACUGCAAGGAGCACAGCCGAUUCCUCCCCACGCCGUGUGGCUUGCAGCGCAUCCGCCGAACGGAUCGGCACCCCCGCAGCAUAUCAUGGCCCAGUUUCAACAGCAAGCUUGGCCUUUCGAGGCCACAUUUCAGGAUCUAAGCGAUGCAUUGGGAGAAUUAGAAGACGCAUUUGGUGAGCUCGAGGAUGCCCUACCCCAUAUUGGCUCCUCUCUCCCACAGUUGCACGUGGCUUUGGCCAAUCCCCCCAAUUCCAUGUUGCGACGAUGUCCCAGGCGCGAGUGUCGGGCGCCUGAAAACAGGAUUCCAGAGCCAAGCCCACUGAUCCUGGAGCGACUGUUGCAGAUGAUAUACUACCCGCAUACCGCGGAGGUGACGCCAGCACCUAUGGACAGACCCUCGCGGAUCAUGUUCGCCACAUCGUCCAGGAGGGACUAUAACAUGAACCGCACCCAGCUGUAUGGUGCUUUUGAACGCUUAGCACCAGGAUAUCGCAUCCUGCGAACAUACGAAAAGGACUUUGAGAUGUUUGAGCUCCCGCGGCCAGGGGCAGAGCUGCGGAGAGAUAUCGGCAUGUUUUGUGGUAAUGCUCUCGAGUUUGAGCGCUUCCGGGAUCCGCUCUCCUCGUGGAGUUUCCGGGCAACAAGCAGACUCAGUCUGCUGGCACAUGUUCCCGAGAUGUCCAUCGUUAUUCUCGGGUCACCAACUGGACGUGUGCUGGUCGCAUCAUUGACUCGGCUGAGUUCCAAAGAGAACGAUUUCAAGGGACGAGGGAUGUGGAGACGCGGAAUCAGAGUGGAAUGGGUUCUUCCCAACAAAAUAGAAGAGAGAAACCAUCGGACAACUAAGCGAGCUCUCCAUGGGAUGGCAAUCGGUCGCAUACCCGAUGAUGGCGAUCAAAAUGGCGAGCAGGCUGGAAGAGGGGCAUCCCUCCCGCGACGAUACCGGCUGAUGCUGCACUACCAGAACCACGACAUCUUUUCUUACGAGGUUACGAGAAACGAGCAAACAGGCAAGAUCUGUCUGUUUUGA